AUGGCUCCUCCACGUUCUCCCAUCAUAACUCGCUCCUCCACCAACUCUCUCCGACCACGGAUUGCCACUGAUGGUACCAUUCCCUAUCCUUCUCGAAAUUGUUUUAUCACUACUGCUACUGUACCUGAUGAUCCUUCAAGCUACUCUACAGCCUCUAAGUUCCCAGAUUGGCGUAAAGCCAUGGCUCAAGAGUACACUGCUCUCAUGAAAAACCGUACAUGGAGUCUUGUUUCCCCUGUCAAUAUUUCUAACGUGCUUGGCUGCAAGUGGGUUUACAAAACCAAAACCAAUGCUGACGGUUCAUUUGAGAGGAGAAAGGCACGGCUAGUGGCGAAAGGCUUUCACCAACAAUCUGGGGUUGACUACAACGAGACCUUCAGUCCCGUCGUCAAGCCAACCACCGUACGCCUAAUCUUGUCCAUUGCUGUUACCUGA